AUGGCAACAGUGGGAAAACAUAUUAGGGAUAUAUUGGAAAGGAAGGCAUUAGCCUCAAAUCUGUAUUCUGGUCAAGUCCCAAUCUUCGAAGGCGAGCAUUAUGAAUACUGGAGCAUCCAAAUGCAAACUUUCUUCAUCUCCUUAGAUCUUUGGGAUGUCAUUGACGAUGAGGAGUACGAAGAACCAUCCGAAGACAAUGAAGAUUACGAAAAAUUGCAAAAAGAAUUUAAAAGAAAAGAUGCAAUGGCUCUCCGCUAUAUUCAACAAGGAACGGAGAAAACGAUCGCCUUGAAACUUCAAUCCUUAUGGAGAGACUUUGAUAAUCUCCAAAUGGAAGAACGAGAAUCGGUUCGUGUUUUUUCUUCACGAGUAGCCGAGACAGUAAAUCAAAUCAAAAGCUGUGGUGACACAAUUACAGAUAAAAGAGUCGUGGAGAAAAUGUUAAGAUGCCUUCCUCCAAAGUUUGACCAUGUUGCAGCUGCAAUUGAAGAAUCGAAAGACUUGUCCAAAAUGACCAUUUAUGAGUUAACCGGGUCACUUCUUGCCCAUGAGCAAAGGAUCAAUCGUUCGAGUAACCAAUCCACUACCGAACAAGCUUUCCAAUCAAAGCAAACAUCAAAAGGAGGAUCGAACAACUAUGGAGAACACAACAGAGGCUCAAAUCAAACAAAACAAAAAGAUAACUAUUGGGAGAAGGGUGACAAGCAAAGCAAAUGGAAAGGCAAGCAAACACAAAUUUCUGGUGGUAACAAUCCAACUUGCAUAAUUUGCAAAAAAAUGAAUCAUGAAUCAAAGGAGUGCUACUUUAGAUGCAAAAGGUGCAAGAUCCCCAAUCAUUCUCAAAGGGAUUGUUGGUUUCAAAAUAAAGAGAUGACAGAAAGAAAAAGUGCAGCAAACUUUUCUCAAGAGAAUGAAAAGGAAAUUCUGUUUUAUUCUCAAAAUUAUGAAAAUGGAGCUCAAAGCCCUUGGUAUUUGGAUAGCGGUUGUAGCAAUCACAUGACGGGAAAUCGCGACAUCUUUGUGGACCUUAAUCCAAAUAUUACUUCACAAGUAAUUCUUGGCGAUGGAACAUGUAGAGAUGCGGUAGGAAAAGGCACCAUUGCUGUCCAAAUUAAAGAAGGUAACAAGAAACUCAUCACAGAUGUUCUUUAUGUUCCCAAUCUUUCUCAUAAUCUCCUAAGUGUUGGACAACUUAUUCAAAGUGACUUCUCUGUCCACUUUGAUGAUGGUGCAUGCAAGAGACGAAGAUUUGGCAUAUUUGUGGCAUUUACGAUAUGGUCGUCUUCAUGA